GGCUUCACGCCCCCCCAUCACUCUUCCCUCCGACCUAUAAAGCCUACGUGUCUAUGCCCACGACCCCAUCAUACCAACCCAUCCGCGACUCCUCCCCAGAACCCUCACUCCCCCGCCCCUCGCACCAUCCUCGGCGUCUCAUCCGCCGCCCGGCCCGCUAUCUCUUCAUCCUCGCCCUCCUCGCCCUCCCAUUACUCGUCCUCGCCAUCCUCGCGUCGGCCCUCAUCCCGGGCCAGUCUAUGCGCAUCUGCCUUCCCUUCCACCUGAACCGCAUCUCGCCUUCCCUCCACCGCGCGCUCGCGUGCUCGUCUCUCAACGCAACGAUUGCGCGGCCAAACGCAAACUUUGCAACGACCGCAUCGACAACAACAGUCAACUCUCCAUCCACCACCUCUACACCACCACCGCCCGCAAUGGCAUCCACUACCACCACCCAGGACGGCCGCCUCGCCGACUUCCUCAAGAGCCAGAACGCGGCCUUUGUCGACGACCUCAAGGCCGGCAAGGGCAAGGGCUGGCUCCUCGUCAACGGCAACGAGGCCGGUGAUCUCGACACCAUUGCCUCGUCGGUCGCGUACGCGUUCCUCGCCUCGGCGCUGCGCGCCGAGCGCGCCGUGCCCCUCGUCCUCACGCCCGAGAACCUCAUGUCGCUGCGCCCCGAGAACCUGUAUGCGCUGCAGCAGGCCAACCUCCCCGCCGAGGACCUGCUGCACGUCGCCGCCCUCCCCAUCAAGACGGAGGAGCUCGCGACCGCCGGCGUGCGCUUCGUGCUCGUCGACCACAACCGCCUCCUCCCGCGCUUUGUCUCGGACGAGUCGACCGUGUCGGCCAUCAUCGACCACCACGAGGACGAGCACGCCAGCCCCAACGCGCCGUUCCGCGAUAUCCAGUUUGGCGCCGGCUCGUGCUCGUCGCUCGUGACGCAGCACUUCAUUCCCCAGUGGCAGGCUAGCCUUGCUGGUCCUGCCGGCGCUGCCGGCUCGCCCGUCCCUCCCGAGCUCGCCACUCUGCUGCUUUCGGCGAUCCUGAUCGACACGCACGGCCUCAAGCACGGCGGCAAGGCCCAGGAUGUCGACUAUGCCGCCGCGGCGUUCCUGUACCCCAUCUCGACGCUCGCCGCUGGCGCGUCCAACAUCUCGACGGCCGCGCUCACGUCAAGCUCGACGGCGCCCAUCCCUGAUGGUCUCUCCGCCUACGCGAACAAGAUCACCGAGAUCAAGUACGACGUGUCCAAGAUGAACACGUACGAUCUCCUGCAGCGCGACUACAAGCAGUAUGCGUGGGCGACCGGCUCUGGCAAGACGCUCAACGUUGGUCUGUCGACCGUGCCGCUCGGCCUCAAGGACCAGGUUAAGGCCGAGAAGGACGGCUGGGCGUCGUGGCUUGCGACCUCGGACAAGUUUAUGAACGAGCGCGGCAUCGACGUCGAGGGCGUGCUCACGACGUUCAAGAACGAGAAGGGCAAGUCGAAGCGCGAGAUCCUCCUUCUCGUCCGCACGGGCGGCUCGCUCGCUACCAUUGAGGAGGCGAGCAACGUCAUCGGCGUGCUCGAGGGCGGGCUCCGCGCCGACGCGGACGACUUUGCACUCGAGGACUGGGGCGCCGGCAAGAAGGGCGAGAAGGGCACGCUUGCUGAGGAGGUCAAGCCGCUCAUCAACUCGACGACGCGCGUCGCCAAGGUCUGGGACCAGACCAACCACCACUCGACGAGGAAGCAGGUCGCGCCGGCGCUGCAGCACGUCGUGUCCAAGCUGUAAGAGAAGGAACAACAAAACGGUGUGCAAACUAGACGCCAAGACGUGAUAGGAUGUAUUAUGCAACAGACAUGACAAGCAAGCA